UCCAGCGCGCUCGCUCGGGCUCGGGCGGCUCCAGCUGGGAUGGCGGCGGCGGCUGAGUCCGGGGCCCGCCCCUGGCUGGGCGACGGCGCCCAGAGGCCCAGAAGCCCGGUCUGUAGCCCAGUACUGGGCGGCGGAGGCCGCACGCGCCUAGGGUUGGGGUCGGGGCCGGAGCGUGCGGGCGUCAGACCCCCGGGUCCCGCGGCUUGGCAGGGGCACAGCUUCCGGAAGGUAACGCUCACCAAGCCCACCUUCUGCCACCUCUGCUCGGACUUCAUCUGGGGGCUGGCCGGCUUCCUGUGCGACGUCUGCAACUUCAUGUCCCAUGAGAAGUGUCUGAAGCAUGUGAAGACCCCAUGCACCAGCGUCGCACCCAGCCUGGUCCGGGUCCCUGUGGCUCACUGCUUUGGCCCCCGGGGCAUCUACAAGCGCAAGUUCUGUGCUGUCUGUCGCAAGGGCCUGGAGGCACCUGCAUUCCGCUGUGAAGUGUGUGAGCUGUACCUUCACCCCGACUGUGUGCCCUUCGCCUGCAGUGACUGCCGCCAGUGUCACCAGGAUGGACACCAGGAUCAUGACGUGCAUCAUCACCACCACUGGCGGGAGGGGAACUUGUCUUCCGGAGCACGCUGUGAGGUCUGCAGGAAGACAUGCAGCUCCUCGGAGGUGCUGGCUGGCCUGCGCUGCGAGUGGUGUGGGGUCCAGGCCCACUCGGUCUGUUCCUCGGUGCUUGCUCCUGAGUGCACCUUUGGGCGCCUGCGCUCCCUGGUCCUGCCCCCAGCAUGUGUGCGCCUGUUGUCCCGCAACUUCAGCAAGAUGCAGUGCUUCCACAUCACUGAGAUGAUGGCCCCAGAGCUCGGCAACGGGGAUAGUAGUGCAGAUGGAGGUGCUGCUGCAGGCCCAGGCAGAGAGACGCUGGCACCUCCAGAGUCCAGCAAGCAGACAUUGAAGAUCUUUGAUGGUGAUGAUGCAGUGAGGAGAAACCAGUUCCGAGUCAUCACCAUCUCCCGCCUGGCCCCCAGGGAGGAGGUGCUGGAGGCUGCGCUGCGGGCCUACUACAUCCUUGAAGACCCUGACAGCCUGGAGCUACACCCGCUGCCCUCUCAGGCUGGUAAUGCCCUGGCUUGGGCCAAGGCUGGGAUCUUGGAAGAGGAGGAGGGCGUGAAAGGCCCAGGGUCUUGUGAGACUGUGCCAGAGGCCUGGGUCAUCCGUGCUCUGCCCCAAGCCCAGGAAGUCCUGAAGAUCUACCCUGGCUGGUUCAAGAUGGGUAUGGCCUACGUGUCCCUGUGUGUGACACCGCAGAGCACAGCCAGGAAGGUGGUACUGGAGGCCCUGCCGCUGCUUGGUCGCCAGGCUGAGGGUCCUCAGAGCUUCCAUCUGGUGGAGGUGCUCAUGGGCAGCCGGCAGGUCCAGCGGACAGUGCUGGCAGAUGAAGAGCUCCUGCUCAACCGGCUUUGGGACAUCCGGCAGACCUCCUUGCGGCAGGUGAGCCAGACACGGUUCUACGUGGCAGAGAACAGAACUCCGGUUCCUCGAAUCACCCUGUUUGUUGGUGGUCUGCCUCCUGGCUUGUCUUCCCAGGAGUACAGUGACCUGCUGCAUGAAGCUGUGGCCACCAAAGCCACCGUGGUGUCCGUGAGUCACGUCUACUCCUCCCAAGGUGCAGUAGUGCUGGAUGUUGCCUGCUUCGCAGAGGCUGAGCGGCUGUACAUGCUGGUCAGGGACACGGCUGUGCAGGGCCGGGCAUUGACCGCACUGGUGCUCCCAGAUGUGCUGCACUCAGAGCUGCCCCCAGACAGCUGUCCUCUCCUUGUGUUCGUGAAUCCCAAGAGUGGAGGCCUCAAGGGCCGGGACCUGCUCUGUAGCUUCCGGAAGCUGCUGAACCCUCACCAGGUUUUUGAGCUGACCAGUGUGGGUCCUCUUCCUGGGUUCCACCUGUUCUCCCAGGUGCCCUGCUUCCGAGUGCUGGUAUGUGGUGGGGACGGCACUGUGGGCUGGGUGCUGGCUGCCCUGGAGGAAACACGGCACCAUCUGGCCUGCCCGGAACCUUCUGUGGCCAUCUUGCCACUGGGCACAGGAAACGACCUAGGCCGAGUCCUCCGCUGGGGGGCUGGCUACAGUGGGGAGGACCCCUUCUCAGUGCUGGUGUCCGUGGAUGAGGCUGACGCUGUGCUCAUGGACCGCUGGACCAUCUUGCUGGACGCUCACCAGGAUGGCAGUGCAGAGAAUGGUGUAAUAGACGCAGAGCCCCCUAAGAUUGUACAGAUGAGCAACUACUGUGGCAUUGGCAUUGAUGCAGAGCUGAGCCUGGACUUCCACCAGGCCCGGAAUGAGGAGCCUGGCAAGUUCACCAGCAGGUUCCAUAACAAGGGCGUGUAUGUGCGCGUUGGGCUGCAGAAGAUCAGCCAGGCACGCGGCCUGCACAGGGAGAUCCGGCUGCAGGUGGGGCAGCAGGAAGUGCCUCUGCCCAGCAUUGAGGGCCUCAUCUUUAUCAACAUUCCCAGCUGGGGCUCAGGAGCCGACCUGUGGGGUUCGGAUAGUGACACGAGGUUCGAGAAGCCGCGCAUGGACGACGGGCUGCUGGAGGUGGUGGGCGUCACAGGUGUUGUCCACAUGGGCCAGGUCCAGGGUGGGCUGCGCUCUGGAAUCCGCAUCGCCCAGGGCUCCUACUUUCGGGUCACACUUCUCAAGGCCAUCCCUGUGCAGGUGGAUGGGGAGCCCUGGGUUCAGGCCCCUGGGAACAUGAUUAUCUCGGCUGCUGGCCCAAAGGUCCACAUGUUGCGGAAAGCCAAGCAGAAGCCCAGAAAGGCCGGGACCUCUAGGGAUGCCCGAGUGGAUGCCACAGCUACCCCUGAGGGUGACCCCAAGUAGUGGUGGCUGAGGUGGCAGGGCCAGUGGGAGCAUCAGCACCGCCAUCCUCAUCAGUUCCUCUGGGCACAGCUCUGCGCCGGAGUCAGUAGUGGCUGGCCAGUGAUGGACUUGGCUACAGUAUCUUCCUGGGUCCCAGGACGUUUCCAGCCCUCUCUCUCAUCUAGUGUCAUAUGGAAACUGCUGGGUGGGUGGUAGCUGUUUCCCUUUCUGUUUGGGACUAGGUCAUGUGACCAGGGUGUGUGUGGCUGGGCAGCUCUCUGCCCUGUUGCAGGACCUUGGGAAGGCAUGAUGGGGCCCCAGGCCACCCUUCUUCCUCCCCACCUCCCAGCACCAGCUGGACAGAGCUUGUACAGCUGUUUGGGUCAGUCUGAACUCAUUUUGUGCUCUUCAGGCUGUGCCCCUGGAUGGACCUUCACAGCUAAGACUCUGGGUAUGCCAUGUCCAAUAGGUGGAGAUGGUACCAGCUGCUGUACUCUUACUAUCCCCUGCAGGAGGUGUAGGCUGUUCCCAUAUCAUUGUCUGCCUGGAGGGACGGCAGUGGCCCUGGUCUCCUGGCCUCACUGUAGGCCCUCAGUGUAGGGGUUAGGGUGAGCCAGGCCACCCUUUCCUGGGGCCCUGUGGUGGGGGAUGGGAGCCUCUGCUGCCCAAGGCUGGGUGGGUUUGGUGCUGCCCAUGCAGCAGAAGUGUGGACUGGGCCCUGGGUGUCCCCCUUUUAGCACUGGGCAGAUCAGAGAACUUUAUGGAAGUGAGUAGCCUCUGGUGCUGUGGAGGGGGGGGCAGGGAGCACUGGGACCCCUUCCUGCCAAUAGUCAGCCUCCCAUGUUAGUACACUCUUCUGCCAGUGCUGCUGGCCAGGGUGCACAUGCUGACUGGUGGCCCUGCUUGAGUAAGACAGUUGCACGUGUGCCCUCUGCCCAAGGGUUUGGGGGCACAUUUUAUACUUCUGACUAUAGGAGUCUGACCAGUCAAACUAAGGCUCCCCAUUUACUUGUGGGCACAUCAGCCUUCACCUCAAGGAGGGCCUGUUUUGGCCUCCUGGGGGCCUUGCUGCUACCCCCACCCCCACUUUUGCCAAAACUGCUCAGAUGAGCGAUCAUGAUGGCCCCUGCGCCUCAGCACGCACAUUCCUUGUGUCUGCUGUCACUCGUGAUUAUCAUCUUAAAACUAGUGUGUAACGGUGUAGUUACUGUCUCUGUGUUGUUGAGAUGACUUGUCCUGUGUUUGCCCAGAUAGGGUCUGUGUCUGUGGGGUAGAAGCCCUUCCAUGUGUCACUUAUCACUACCUGAACAUAGCAGUAAAUUAUGUUAAGGGAUAAAUACAGUCUGGGCACUGCUGUCCUGCAUGCCUCCUGUGUCUGCAUACUUGACCACUGUUGGAGGAGGGGUGGGGAGAGGAGAGCGCUUUUGAUACCUGGCCUGGCAAUGUGUCUGUUGGGAAGUAGGUGAGUAAAUGU